ACAGCAGCCAAACAACAUUGCUGCGGGCUUUUCGUUUUACGUACAACCAUUUCAAGAAUCCUACUCCGCAAUCUAUGACGACGCUUUUUUGCGCGGCGCAUGCGUAUUACUUUUUCAUCCGUCAGGGCAGUAAGGAGCAGUAAGAUGGAUAAAGAGGAAGCUCCCACCCAGCGGCCCGUGUUUUUGGGCAUCACGGUUGAAGAUGAAGAUGCAGUUCCAGAGCCCGCUGGAGAGGCCAUAGGUCAGAUCACAACCAAAGAUGACAUCCUGCUCCAGGAGGACAGUAUUGAUCUGGACGGCACAGGCUUUGUCACACCCCAGGAGGACAGCAGUGCCACACCCACUGAGAGCCUGAUGGACAGACUGAAUGAUCAAAUGAUGGAGAGCGUCAUGAUUUCCGACUCACCUAACAACAGCGAGGAGGACGAUGUGGCUCCUAUCGACUCCUAUCUGGAUGGCGGGGAGCAGGAGAAUGCAACCCUAGGACACAAAGAGGAGGACAGUAAAAUUGGACAGAACACGACUGAAAUUAAGAUCUCAGUAGACCAUCUGGAAAAAGAAGGAUCUGAACAGGAAACAAAAGAGGAGGUGGGUUCACAACAGCAGGUUAUGGCUUCUGUUUCACCUCAAGAUGAUUCUCCAAGUCCAGCUGCUACUAGGAUUGAGGAUCCAGAGCUGCAGUCAAUCAGUCCAAAAGAUGAGCCUGUGCCAGUGUGCACUAUAUUCAGCCAGAGCACAUUGCCAAAGUUGUUGGCGCCUGAUGGCUUCCAGCCUACCCUGAUUAAGUCCCCCAGCUUUACCAUGGGGAGUGCAGGUGGAAGUGAUGAAGCUAUGACUCCCAGUAAGCUAACUGUUCCCCUUGUGUGUCAGCCCAGCCCUAGCCUCAGUAAAUUCUUCGCUGACAAUGGACAAGCCAAUCCAGCCUCUGACUUCUUUGAUUCUUUCACUGCUACAUCGUCCUUUAUUUCCGUUUCCAACCCAAAUGCUGACCUUUCUCCUGGAGGUGCCCCGUCACACAUCGCACUUACACCUGAGCACCAGGUCUCCUCAACCUCCUCCUCUAUCUCCACCCCAGGAGCGCUUUUAGACUGUUCAACUCCUACUCCUAGCCCAGCUCCCACUGAACCAAACACAAACUCCCAACCUCUUCCUGAACCAAACACAAACUCCCAACCUCUUCCACCCCAGACUGUUUCAGCUCCAACAACGUCCCCAGUCCCAGUUUCAGCCACACAGGCACAGUCCUUCAACCAGCUUCAAGCUGUGUUCUCAGGCAGCGACGACCCAUUUGCCACCGCACUAAGCUUGAGUGAGGUGGACAGGCGACAUGAUGCCUGGCUGCCUUGUGAGGAGACGAGAAAAGUUUUGAUAUCUGUUGCCACCCAGCAGUACAGUCCAGCAUAUGUAGAAAGCAACAACCUCACAAUGCCUGGACUGAAGUUUGACAACCUGCAGGGAGAUGCUGUGAAAGAUCUAAUGCUUCGUUUCUUGGGAGAGCAGGCAGCCAUGAGGCGUCAGGUCCUCACCGCCAACUCUGUGGAGCAGUCCUUCAUCGGCCUCAGACAGCUUAUUAGCAGUAAGAACUGGCGGGCUGCAGUGGAUCUGACGGGUCGGUUGUUGACAGCUCUUGGUCAGGGAUACGGAAAGGCCGGCCAGCCAACCUCCCACACCACUGACUCACUGCAGCUUUGGUUUGUGCGGCUGUCUCUUCUCACCAAAUUGAACCUUUUCCAAAAUGCUGAACUGGAGUGUGAACCCUUUGGAAACCUCGACCAACCAGAUCUCUACUAUGAGUACUAUCCAACUGUUUACCCUGGGAGGAGAGGCUCAAUGGUGCCUUUCUCCAUGCGGCUGCUGCACGCCGAGCUUCCCCAGUACCUGGGCAAACCCCAGGAGGCUCUGGACCGCCUGUACAACCUCAAAACCAUCUGCCUUGCUAUACUGGAAAACCUGGAGAAAGGCUUGGCAGAGGAUGGCAGCAUGAUCACCCUAGCACAGGAGAACAGGCAAGCAUCUCUAACGCUGUGGAGGUCUCGUCUCAGUCGGGUCAUGUACUCCAUGGCCAACUGCCUGCUGCUGAUGAAGGACUAUGUUCUGGCAGUGGAGACCUAUCACUCCAUCAUCCAGUAUGAACCCCAGCAGAGAGUGCAGCUGCUCAGUGGAAUCGGACGCAUCUUCUUGCAGAUCGGAGAUGUGAAAACUGCAGAAAGAUACUUCCAGGAUGUGGAGAAAGCCUACCAGAUGAAAGGGAGUAACCUCAGUCAUGCUACAUGCGUUCUAAUGAACAGGGCCUUCGUCUACCUCAGUCAGAAUAAUUACGCUGAUGCACAUGCAACUUUCCUUGAAGUUUUAAAAAUUGACCCAAAAAAUCCCGUUGCCAAUAACAACGCAGCAGUGUGUCUCCUUUACCUGGGUCGGCUAAAGGAGUCCUUGGGCCAGCUGGAGGGCCUGGUGCAGCAGGACCCCGCCCUGUACCUCCAUGAGAGCGUCCUCUUCAACCUGACCACCAUGUACGAGCUGGAGUCGUCCCGCAGCACGCAGAAGAAGCAGAUGCUGCUGGAGGCCGUGGCCUGCCGGGAGGGCGACAGCUUCAACACGCAGUGCCUCAAACUGAUCUGAGAGGAAGGACAGCUGGGAGAGGACACUGCUGCUUUCCCUUGUUAAUGAUAGGUACUAAAGCUCUGUUUGGGUAGGAACUAAGCUGCGCUCCUUUAGGACAGCCAAGCGAAUGCUUGCUGCAAAUUUUCAGAGAUGUUAAAAGGGGAUGUUUGAGAUCUGCUUUUAUUGCACUAAAGUGAUCCAAGCACAGGGGGGCCCAGCACUACAGUCAUGUGAACAGCGACCCAGAAACCUUUCUUUCACUUACAGAAUUUUGAGAUUGAAAUAAUUUGAGGUGUACUUGUUUGUUUUGUUGUCUAUGAAGCAGCUCUGCAUAAAUACAGAGGGAAUUCAUAUCUGGCUCUAUCCAAAGCUAAAAAACAUCAACUAAGUAACACAAUCUUUGUUAAACCUCUUCAAAUUGUGUAGGAAAACAAAUCAUGUGAGGGUCAUGUGAUGGUGUUGCUGCACUAAUCUGGCUGUAUGUUUGACUGAUGCACUUUUUAGGAGGGCUUUACUUCAAACCAGCUUGUCUUUCUUGAAACAUUUUUCUUCUCUACAAACAGGGUUCCUACACAUACUUCCAGACAUUAUUAAGACCUAAAAUAUCCAGAGUUCUUUUUAGGACAGUUUUUAACAGUAUAAAUAAUAAAAACUGAAUUUAUCUCCAAUAUUUCCAAAUUAGUGUGGAUUUAAAUACAGAACUGGCAACAGAAGAAAGAAAAGAUGAAAACAUGGACAGGCAGACGGGCAGAAACACGGGACGGAUAAACAUAAGACGGACAAACUAAAGGAUGAAAUGGAUGGACAGAAAGAAGGCUGAAUAUAAAUAAAGAUUUCUGGUGGAUGGAUGGACUGACAUACACAAAAAGAAGGAUGAUGGAAGGAAGACAUUUAGACAAUAGAUUAAGGAUUUAAAGUUCAAAAAUACUUGUUUCUUCCUUACUUAGCCAGACCCAAAAGCGCUCUUCAAUGAAAUUCAGUAGAUUUUCAGACUGCAUAGGAACUGUGUGCAAAGAGGUUGUUUCUUUGAUGGUUCAUCCUUAUCUGGGUACAGGUAGGUGAGGUUUUCUUUGCACAGUUCCAGCCAGCAGGUGGUAUGGCUCGUCUGUGUGCAGCAUAACUCAAAAGUUGUGGAUGGAUUUGCAUUCAGAUUUGAACAAAAUCAGGGAUACGGUUUGCUGCUGAUCCAAAUCCAGGAUUUUUUUUCUCUUUGCUUGGCUGCAGUGUGGCGUCUCAUUUUGCUCUUUUUAGCUCUGUCUCUUUCAGCUGUCACAUGACCGUCUCCUUAAAAGGUAGCCAUGACGAGGUCAACCAAGAAACAGUCCCUCUUUUGUAGUUAAUGACCAAAGACACGAUUGGCAGUGCUGUCAAAUCUACAAUAAACAAAUUUCUGAAAAAUGCCCUUCAGUAAAUAUAUUUCGGAGAAAUUCGAAUGGAAAAAACAUGAGCAGUCUUCAGAUUUCCAACUUUUAGUCAGGUGAACCUAUUGUUACACUACAGGAACUGCGGGCUCAUAGUGAGACCAGGCAUGGGCAUUACCCUGAGCUUCAGACUCCAUAAACUUUAAAGUUUUUAAUGCAGCUUCUACAGGAUUACCACUAGAUUUCAUCACUCCUGCAGUGAAAGUGAACGAGCCCCUCAGAUUGCAUCGCUUUCUUCUCGCUGAACACAAAUGUAAAAAGUAUUUGUAAUCCAAAGUUGUACAUAUCUGAAGCAUUGUCUAACUGAUUAUCUUAUUGAUUUUUGCUUCUUCUCCUUCGGUUUUCUUCAUGUUUAUCAUAUUUAUGUAUAUAAAGAGAAUGGUUUUAUCCUAAAGAAAUCUCUUGUAUCACAGUAACAUGCUGGAGUUAUUAAAAAUGGAAUAAAAGACAAAUUAUUA